AUGGAACAUCACUUUCCGACAUGGGAUUUCUAUUCCAGCUCUGUCAUUGAGGGUCGGCUGUUGAUUAUCUGGAGGAAGACUUUUGCUAAGAUUAUUGUCAUUGAGGAAUCCAGUCAAUAUGUUCAUUGUGUGGUUCGGUUGGCUGGUUUGCAGCAAUUUUUUGGUGUCACUUUUGUUUAUGGUGUUAACACAAUUGAAGGGAGGAAAGUUCUUUGGGAGGGAUUACAUUGUCCAGCUUUUUUAGACAAAGCUUGGUUGAUUAUAGGGGACUUUAAUGCCCCUUUUUCUAGUCAAGAUAGAUCAUGUGGUAAACCUGUAUCUAAGCUAGAAUUGGCUGAUCCUAUUCAUUGGCUUGUUGAAGCUCAUGUUGAACCUCUAAGAAGAAUUGGCUCGUAUUUUACCUGGACUAAUAAUCAACAAGAUGCAGCUCGAAUUUAUUCGAAAAUUGAUCAUGCUCUUACAAACGAAAAAUGGAUUGACAUGUUUCCUCAGUCGAUUGAGUUCCGAGAUUUGGUUACAGUUAGUUGGAGGUCUCCUCUUAGAGCUACAGGAAUUAAAGCCAUAUUUUUCAAGUUGCUGAGACUUAAACACAGUCUGAAAGGUUUUAAUAGGGAUACUGUUGGUGAUCUGAAGGCUGCAUACUACAGAGCUAAAGAGGCUUAUCAAGAAGCUCAAAUGCAGGCUCAAGCUCACCCUCAAGUUUACAGUUAUCAGGAAGAGGAGAGAAAAGCUGUUGCUAGUUUUUCGGUUCAGGAGAAAUCUUAUCACAACUUUUUGAUGCAGAGGAAAGAAGGAAAAGUUGUGGAUAAUUUCUCAGAAGUUGUCUCUCAUUUUAUGAACCAUUUCAGAUGUUUCUUAGGAAGUCCUAGUUCGGCUACUAGUAGAAUAAAUUUGCAGAUUGUUGAUUUAGGCUCUAAGCUUUCUACUGAGCAACAAUUACAGAUUCUUAAACCUUUUUCUAAGAAAGAAAUCAGGGAGUCUUUGUUUAGCAUUCCCCCUACUAAAUCUCCAGGUCCUGAUGGUUUUGGCUCUGGCUUUUUUAAAGCUAGUUGGCCAGUUGUUGGGGAUGAGGUCUGUUCGGCUAUAUCUCACUGUUUUGAGUCAGGCUAUUUUCCUUCAAAUCUUCAUGAAACCACUUUUUCUCUUAUCCCUAAGGUUGCUAACCCUUCUAGGGCAGUUGACUAUAGACCUAUAGCUUGUUGCUCCACCUUGUACAAGUGCAUGGCGAAGCUGAUCUGUAAGAGACUGGCUUUAGUUCUCCCUGACCUUGUUCAACCUAAUCAGGGAGCGUUUGUUAAGGGUCGUUCUAUAGCCCAUAAUAUCAUGAUUUUUCAAGAUCUUAUCAAACAUUAUGGGAGGAUUUCUACUUCUUCGCGAUGCGCCAUCAAGAUUGAUAUAUGUAAGGCCUAUGACACUGUUGAUUGGGACUUUCUUGAGGACUUGUUAAGAGCUCUAAACUUUCCUCAAAAAUUCAUAGGAUAG